AUGCUGGGCCGACGGCGCGUCUUCGCCGUGGAGCCGCUCGGCGGCUGCGAUGGGGCAGCCCAGAGCCCAACUGGCAGUUGUGUGGUGCCCGGCGUCACCAGCACUUACAGACGGAUCCCGGACACCACUCGCGGGUGCUCAUCGGAUUCCUGGAAAGAGGAUGGCGAGCCGAGGGGUCUAGGGCAGCAGGUGCCUGUUUUCAAAUUGGCCUCUCGGGACUCAGGAGUGGAGAUGGCAGUUGGGGAUAGUCUCUUGGCAAGCUCACUGGACUUGGCCAGCUCACUUGGCCUUUCCCAGGACUCUCUGGUCUCUGAGCCCACGAGGUGCCCUGAAUCCCCAGCCACAGAGUCUUCUGCCCACCUGGGCCGGCUCCAGGCCAGCCGAAAGCUGGAGCAGGUGCUGGAGCGGUCUCGCAGGCUCCCAACUUCCCCUUCCAGCUUGCGACGACACUGCUGUUCCUCAAAGCAGCCAAACAAGCUUGUGACUUGUGAGAAGCACCUUUCUGGAGCAGGGGAACAAGAGGCCAAGGAGGCAGGCCUAGAAGAAGCAGAGGUGGUGGAGGGCUUGGGGCCUGAAGCUUGGGCCUGCCUCCCAGGGCAGGGUCUUCGCUACUUAGAGCACCUGUGCCUGGUACUGGAGCAGGUGGCGAGGCUUCAGCAACUCUGCUUGCAGCUGCAAGCCCGGAGGCCCCUGGGGAAUCCUGCAGAGGAGAUGGGUCCUCCACCUCCACCUGCUCAUGACCCCAGCAGUGAGGUACAUGGACCUUGGAAGCAGCUCAGCCAGACAAAGGAGACAGGGGCAAAAGCAGCUUCACCCCCACUGGUGGGGGUGCCCAGGGCCAACUCUCCCAGCCUGUCAGAGGCCCCAGCAGAGCCAGCUCACACCUUUCCAUCCUCCCAGGGACACAAGGUCAAGGUCCUGCUCAGCCGGAUCCGCUGGAGGAACCGUGGACACCCUGUGCCCCCUGUCAAUCCCGAUGAACCUGCCCCCAGGACUGAGUCAAGGGACCUUCCUGAAAGGCCUCUGUUACGCCCCCACCGGAAGACCUUUAUUCCAUCAUUAGCAGUUAAGAAGCAAAGAGCAAAAAAUCUUUCUGUAUGCUGAUACCUCCUGGUGCACGGACAAGACUGUGGGUGGAAGGGGUGUCCAGUGAAGACUUCUUCGCCCCUUUCCCCGUCACUGCUUCUGGGCACUGCCAGGAAAGCUGCUGAUGCUUGCCCCUGUCUCUGAGGAAAGGACUGAGUCUUUCUCUGAGCAGUCUGAAAGGAGCCCUGCAUCCCUGAGAGGCUCCCAGGUGUGGCAGCUCCCAGGCUCCUGGUUGCCUGAAACCCCUGGGGUUAGAUAAUGUGAACUAACUUAUUUAUGAGGCAUCCACGCAGCAUGCUUGGCAUAGUGAUCUGCGGAUUGCAGAUGUGUAUUUCAGCAAAAUUAUAUAUGUAUCUGUGAGACUGUCAGUGUUAUGAAGUGACCGGAUUCAACCAUCUCUCCUGAUUGGUCUUCUGGGUGAAGAACUGCAGAAGGAUGGAACUGACCUUCAUUCCUUCGUGGGCAGUUACUGGUCUGAAGUCCUGGUGCUAUCUUGGCUGCCUCUACACUCUCUUAUCAGUGGAGCCGAGCCCCUGCACCAGGAAAGUGUGUGUUUGUGUGUGUGAACAUGGGGGACAGCUGAGUAACCUUCAAAGUUGAUUACCAGCUGCUUUGCUCUCCAGUAGCUUUUACACAUUAGAUGAAACCAGAAGUCCAUACUGGCUUUUAGACCUUGAAGAAGUCCCUUAUCUUUUCUGAGCCACAUCUUUCCACUUAAUCUCCCAAAUGGUCUGAUGCCUGCCCUACCUACCUCACAGGCUUGUUAUGAGGGUAAGAUGAGAUUAAACUGUUUCAAAGUGCUUUGCAAGUGUUAUGUGAAUAAGAACGGGGAGAGUAUGGGUUUGGGAGGGAGGCUAGACCAGAAGGAUGAAGUGGAAGUCAGUUAUGAUAAGGGGGGCUAGGAUUGCAAAUGGGGACUGAAAUGGUCAGUGAUCGGCAGCAAGACUUUGAUGAAAUCAUUUCAUUGAAGUCUCUCAGAUUUCAUAUCUGAGAAUUAGGGCACUAAUUCCCGGCGGAUUACCCCCUCCCAGGGUGGUUCUGAAGACUGAAGGAAGUGUUGGUGAUAACUCUUUGUAAAUGUCUAAGUAUUGUGGUCCUUUAUCUACCAUAGUCCAUUAGGGUCCUAAGUCUUUGCUAAUUGAGAAAGGGGAAGUCGUUCCCUGAUGGGUGUGUAGUCCUGUAGUUCCCUGAGGGUGUGUUUUGUGUGUGUGUGUGUGUGUGUGUGCGCGCGCGCGCGCUGUCCAUGAGAGGGUAGGGCUAGGGAUGAAGUCAUUAGCAUGAGUCAGAUAAGGAAUGUCUACUAGAAAUAGCCACUGAUCCGUCAUCCUCGUCCUCCAGUCAGGUGGGUCUGGUUCUCUUGCUGCUGAAGUCUUAGGGGCUGCCAGAAUGAAUUAAGGCGUCGAUGGUAGGUGUUUCCUUCUGUUUGGGGUGUCCCGCCCUAACUUGGGAAUGGGAACCAUUGUCUGAAGCCUGUUUUUCUAAUGGGACACU